AUGCAAGAUCCAUCAAUUUAUACACAAAUAAAACCACAAUUUCCAGAGCAAGAACACUUGAAAUGUCCAAGAUGUGAUUCACCAAACACAAAAUUAUGUUAUUACAACAAUUAUAAUAUUUCUCAGCCACGUCACUUUUGUAAGAGUUGUCGUAGGUAUUGGGCCAAAGGUGGUACUCCUAGGAAUAUUCCAGUUGGUGGUGGUUCUCGUAAGAACACAAAACGUUCUUCUUCAUCCAAUAAGAAAAUUUCCUCCUCAACGACGUCGUCUUCAGUUUCAUCUUCAGUUCCAGCUUUGAACCGUAGUAGAGUGAUUGGUAUGACUAAUGGGCAAUUCAGUUCGCUGUUGGAGUCAAACGGGCCGCAAUUUGGGACUUUGCUGGAAGCUUUGAAUACGAAUAAUAAUGGGUCCAAUUUGCACUUAGGUGAAUUUGCAAGGAUACAAAAUACCAAUUUGGGUUCGGGUUCGGGCUCAAAUGGUAUCCGUCAAAAUGGGAGUAAUACAAAUGGAUAUUUGGGAUAA